ACUGACCCGGAAGCCGAGGGGGACGGCGGCGCCCUUCGGCUUCGGGAGAGAGGGGCGGGGCGCGGGGCAGCCACUUCCGGCCGUCCCCGGGGGCGCCUUCCGCUGCCGCAGCGUCUGCGCGUCACGGUCGUGGCCUCUGCCGUGCCGAGCGGGGUGGGUGACUGGGAGCAGGAGCAGGACAGCGGGGAGGACGAGGAGCCGCGGCCCGCCGCCAUGCUGGACGUGUUCCGCUCCAUCCCCACGCAGAUGGACUACAAGGGCCAAAAAUUAGCGGAACAGAUUUUCCAAGGCAUCAUUCUUGUCUCUGCAAUAAUUGGUUUCAUCUAUGGAUACGUCACUGAACAGUUUGGAUGGACUGUCUACAUAGUUAUGGCUGGAUUUACUUUAUCCUGUUUGCUGACGCUCCCACCGUGGCCCAUGUACCGCCGCAACCCUCUGAAGUGGCUGCCUGUCCAGGAGUUGGGAACAGAGGAUAAGAAGCCAGCAGACAGAAAACCAAAAAGACAUGCUAAAAGCUAAAUAAAAUGGUUCUUUGUUAUGUUA